AUGUCACGGUGUAUCACGAGGAAUGCAGACAAAUUAUACAGAAUUGCUGGAUUUCCUUGUGUGCUUGGGGCAAUUGAUGGCACACAUAUCCACAUACAGUCUCCAUGCCUUUUAUCAGGUGAAGAAUAUAGAAAUUGCAAGGGUUAUUUUUCUUUAAAUGUUCAAGGGGUUUGUGACGCAGACUGGAAAUUUAUAAAUGUUGUAGCUUGUUGGCCUGGUUAUAUGCAUGAUGCAACUAUAAUUAAUAACUCUAUUCUGAGAGCUGAAUGUGAUGCAGGCCAAUUUUGA